AUGAGACUCACGUUGUUCUCCGCCCUCUUCUUCAAGCUGAUCCUCUUGACCUCGAUCAUUUAUUUUUGGAAUAUUCUCUUGGAUCCUUCCCAAAUUUGUUGGUCCACUGGUCAAAGAGUUCCUCAUGAACUCCGAAGGUAAGUACAAAGUUGUUAGACUUUCUUGUUCCACUACUUUAUGCAUGAAUUCUUGCAGAUCUUUGAAGAAGAACAAUGGAUUUGUCUGUUAUCCGAUAAAUCUGGAGGCCAAUCUCCUCUGUUCUCCCGAACAAAGUCGUGAUUGGUGGAAAGUAGAGGUCUUUACGACAACUUCAAAGGAUUCUAGUCUGUGUAUUCCUCGAAGAAAUGUGUUUUAUUCGCUGGCCUUUCAAUCUUUUUGGAUAAUUCUUCUCCAAUUUAUCCAUCUUAUUUCUCUGGUUCAUCGUCAGUUUGAAUGCUUGAGUCCUCUCGACUUUGUUCCUUGUUUUUUCAAUCUGGCAGGUAAUCCUGGAUGACUAGAAAUCAUCCCAUUUUAGGCUUGUCCUCCAUUUAUUUGAUAUUAUACAUCCUGAGGGUCUCUUGGGCGGAUAUUUGGACAACUUCCAGGAUCUCUCCACCGUCUGAUUUCAUGGAUUACGGUCUUCUGAACAUCAUAAUGUACUUUUUGGUGAUUGUAACGAUCUGUGAAUGGCUGAUGUUCCACGUUUUAUACUUGAAAGAGACUCAGAAGGACAAGAUGGAACCUUUGGACCUCCCGUUAGACAAGGACCGGGAUGAAUAA